AUGGUGUGGGAAUGGGGAUGGCAAUGGCGAAUGGCGACAAUGGGGAAGCUGCAUAGGGAAGCCGGCGGGGAUAGUGGCACACAUGAGCUGGAGAAUCGGCAGAGGGGGAGAGGGGGGGUCGAUCGAAGUAGAGAAUAUGUUGAUGGUGCUAAUUAUGCACUUGAGUCAUCACAAGCUCUGACAUGCAGCAAGAAUAAAAAAAAUGAAUCUCACUUCCUCCGCCUCCUCGACACCCUGUGCCCCUUCCACCUGCAGCGCCGCUGCCAGCCCUUCCUCUUCCCUCUAUAUUCGGCCCAACCUGCUAUAAGGAACGAGCAUGCUACCAACCGCGCCAACCUCUAUGAGUUACUCCGCGGGCUCAGUGUCAUCUCGAACGAGCUCGAUGGCCUCGAUCUCCCCAUCACCGUCGACAUCAUGCGGGAGCGCAUCGACUUCAUCCACUCCCUCGGCCUCACCAUGGAAGACAUCAACAAUUACCCCCUUGUCCUUGCUUGCAGCAUCAAGAAGAACAUGAUUCCCAUUCUCAAUUGCCUCGAGAAGCUGGGUGUCCGCAAGGCCAACAUCAUGGAGUUCUUGUACCCACUGGUCCUCCAUGUGAGUGUCAUCAUCGAUCUUGCACCUAUCGUGAAGCACUUGCAAGAUCUGGACUUGAAGCCUGGUGACCUCCCUCGGGCCCUCAAGCGGGACCUGGAGCUGCUCGGGUUCAAAUUGGAGGGCACCAUGAGCACGUCGGUUGCCUAUCUGAUUGGAAUUGGAGUUGCAAGAAGAGAACUAGGAGGUGUUCUCACUCGAUAUCCAGAGAUACUAGGGAUGCGAGUUGGGAGAGUGAUCAAGCCUUUCAUCGAAUAUCUUGAGAGCUUGGGUCUACCAAGGCAGGCAGUGGCAAGAUUGAUUGAGAAAAGGCCUCACAUUCUUGGCUUUGGCUUGGAGGACCAAGUGAAACCCAAUAUCGAGGCUCUACUGGAGUUUGGUGUUCUGAAGGAGGCAUUAGCUUCUAUGAUAGCGUAGUAUCCAGACAUUAUGGGUACUGAGCUGAAGGCUAAGCUUGUCUUGUAGCAAAACUUGUUUGAAUCGAGUAUUUUGGUUAGUCGUGAUGAAUAUGGAAGAGUCGCUGAGAAAAUGCCUCAAGCUGGAAGAUGAGGGCGUCAGGAUCGUAGGAGGACCAGCCGGAGGGAGCGACGGGGUCGAAGGUUCCCCGGAGGGGGAGAUGGUGCAAAACAGUGAUGCAGCGCUCGAACGGCGACAACUGUGAGGCCGACGGAGAGUCGGCGGUGUUGGAGGUGGAGAGGACUGCAUGGGUUUGCCAUAACA